UUGAUAAAACUGAUUUUGACUGAUUUGCAACAGAAUGGUUGUGUCUUAAACUGUAAGAGUCGUUAAAAUCUUAGUGAUACGAGUGAAACUGCACAUAGAAAGUUUUUACGACCUGGAAUAGUCAAUCGAACUUGAAGUUGAAAAUGUACAGUUCUACCUUAAAUUAUAAUACGCUUCCCACUACUGCGUACAGUAAACCCAUGUGUUGCCUAAAGUAGUAUGUUUGGAAUCUAGAUUGUGUUUGACGUAAGAUAAGUAUCAAGCGCUUGAAUCAAUGAAUUUUAACGAUGCAAAGAAUGAAAUUCUGCAGGUGUUGUCCAAGACAGAGAGACAACAUCUUCCAAAGCUGUUUGAAUGGUUGAAAACAUCCGAUGAUCUGGAUGAUUUCCUGGUGGAUAACCAAAGUGUUAUUCUUCAAAGUAUUGCAGAAGACCUAAGGGUUUGCCUUCCACUGGAGGCUAUGGCUCCCUCAGAGACUAUGGCUAUUCAAAAGACUCAACAGAAACCUCAUCCCACUGUGCAUGUGGAUGCUUUCUUAUAUGAUGAGGAAGCUGUGGAUUCAUUGUGUGAGGAGGGAAAAAUGAGUCGCAACUACUGCCUCGACUGUGGAUCGCACAGAACAGCACCGCUGGAGUUCAUUUCACAUUCAUUCUCAAUCCCGGAGCUCCAGUUCCUAUUCCACACCGUUCUUCCAGACCUCUCAGGAAAACUGCUGGUGGAUGUGGGAUCUAGACUUGGAGCUGUGCUAUUUGGGGGCUACCUGUACAGUGCAUCAUCUCAGCUUGUGGGGGUUGAAAUAAGUUCAGAGUUUGUCAAGCUUCAAACAAUGGUUGUAGAGAAAUAUGGCUUCAGUGACAGAAUUCAGGUGAUUCAUGCAGAUAUCUGCUCUCAGGCUGCCUUAGUGCAAAAUACAGAUGUUCUGAUCAUGAACAACGUGUUUGAAUACUUCAUGGAACCAAGUGAUCAAAUGCAAGCUUGGCUAUUUAUUAGUCAACAUUUCAGAAAGAAAGGUGCACUGUUAGUAACUGUACCCAGCAUUCAAGAGACCCUUGCCUUUCUUCAGGAUGUUGUUUUCCUAGAAACAUUAGCGCUCAGCCAAUGGAUAGAAGAAGUACCACUUGAUCACAUGGUUUAUCUAAAAAAUGACACCGAUCCAGAUUCUCUAAAGCAAAUCCAUCUUUAUAGAGUACUUUGACCCUCAGAGAAGUCUCUUCUGAUACAGUGGAACCAAUGAAUACGAUUAGCCCUCAAUGAGGCCUUUAACAGGAUAAAUGAUGCAAAUAGAUUUGAUUAAACAUACAGCACCCUCUUUUGAUGAAUGUUCACUUGUCAUUUUUUUAAGUUGAGUUUGAUUGUAAACACAUGUAUACUUAAAAUUGUCUGUUUAUUUAACUGGCCAUACGUUUCAUUGAAUCACUCUGUGUCAUUUCAUGUUUGCAUUGCCGUAUUAAGCAGUCCUUAUUAAGAUAUAAUACAUAUGUUUUCAUGUAAGUGACCUCUUUGGUUUUGUAAUUUGUUCAAAUGCAUUUCUGUCUCCAACUCUUUCGGUUGAAACAGUAAGUAUGGGAGGGAUCAUUGCAUGUUUUUUUUCCUCUUUUACAGGCAGAGGUAGUCCACUGAAGACUAUUUAUUUCAUUUUGAUGUUAUUUUGUCUUGUGUUACAGCCAAACUCAGCCAAGUCACUGACUUAUGACUUUAGUUGAGAAGUGAAGUUUG